AUGGGUAUAAUUACUAAAUUAUCCCAAUAUAAGGAUGCUGAUGGUGUUUUCCAGAAGUUAGAUCAUUUGCUACGGAUGUCCGUAGUUCAUCCCAUUUCCGACGGGCUUCCACCUGUAACGCGACCAAUAGUUUAUAGAUGGUUUCCAAGUUGGAGAUUAUUAACAGCCAGUUUAUUAUGUUUAUGUUUCGCUAGUGUUCAUAUGAUGAAUAGUAACAUGGGUAUGGCCAUCGUUUGUAUGGUUAACUCAUCUGAGUACAUGGAUAAUGAAACCGUUAGUGUUGGAGCCCCAAGACUCAACUGGACAGCUGAUCAACAGGGAUAUAUCUUCUCAGCUUUCAAUCUCGGCCUUCUUUUUAUGUUAUUGACUGGAUUUUUGGCGGAUAAAUUCAAUGCCAAAUACAUGAUUGUGGCGAGUGUGACUAUUGCUUCGCUCGCAAAUGUUUUCAUUCCACUUCUUUCUCCUACCAGUGUCUACUUCGCUAUUGGUGGCCGUUUCUUAGUAGGAAUAGCUGACGCUUUGCUUCAACCGGCAGUUAACUCCUUAAUAACUAGAUGGUUCCCAACAUCAGAGAGAAGUUAUGCCUUAGGCUUAGCCACUGGUGGCCGUCAACUCGGAACAUUAAUCAUUAUCCCAACUGCUGGAGCCUUAUGCUCACAAACAGUGUUAUUUGGAGGAUGGCCUUCCAUCUUCUAUCUCUCAGCUAUUGUUGGAGCUUUCUUCAUCGUCUUGUAUUCAGUAAUUGGUGCUGACAAGCCGUCGAAACAGAGUUGCAUUGCUGAUGCGGAAUUGAAAUUCAUCACUAUGGCUAACUCAAAUGAAGACGUUGGAAAGAAAAGAAAUGAAAGACGAGUUCCCUGGCUCCGAAUCAUAACAUCUGGACCUGUAUGGGCUUCCGUGUUGGCUGUCGUUUGCCACGAAUUCCCACUGAUGACCAUGAUUAUGUUCUUACCCAGUUAUCUCCACGAUGUUCACCAUUACACCUCCACACAGAACGGUAUCUUAUCCGCUUUGCCUACAGCUUCAUUGUGGUUGUCCAAAUUAGCCAGUAGCUAUGCUAACACUUGGCUUCAACGCCACACAAAAUGGAAGAGAAACACAAUUUGCAAGGUUUUAAAUUCCUUGGCUUCGUUCGGAUUAGGUGCUUUCCUUUUCACAUCUACUCUGCUUGAUUCUAGCAGAGCUCCACUCGCAGUCCUGUUCCUGUGCUUAAGUAUGGCAUCCGCAGGGCUUCACACUCCUGGCUGUCAAACAGCUUUAGUUUCUCUUGCUCCAGCCUAUUCUGGAGCUAUAACCGGAUUCGCUUUCUUCUUUGUUGCAUGUUCCGGAAUCGUCAAUCCAUUAAUCACCAAAUGGAUUGUUCAGAAUGGAACAGCCUUAGAAUGGAAUACUGUUUUCUAUAUUUCUACAAUAAUUGCUCUGCUGCCAUUGAUUGUGUUCAAUCUUUGGGGUUCAGCUGAAGUUCAAUGGUGGGCCAAAUCUCAAAAGACAUAUCCAGAAUAUGUGACAAAGCCUGAUAAGCAAAAAAUUGAGACAGUCGCCUAG